AUGGCGAGCGCGGCGAUCGACCGGCGCGGCGGGGCCAUGCUGGCGCGGGGCGUGCUGGUCACCGUGCACGACUUGUACGGCGGCUCGCUGCCGCUGCGGCCGCUGGAGCUGUAUCUGCACGCGGCGCGAGGCUUUGACGUGCAGCCCUUCCGCUUCCGGCCGCGUUCUCAGGAUCUCGCCACCUCUGGCAAAGAGCUGGCGGCAUUUUUGAAGAGCCAGAAACCGCACACGACGGACGAGGCUGUAAACUUCGUGACGCACGGAUACGGCGCUCUCGUGCUGCGGGAAGCAUUUCGAUCUGUGGACUGGAACUACACAAAAUCCAAAGUGGUGAUGCUUGCGCCUCCGAAUCGAGGAAUACGGUACCACGCUUCGAUGAAGAAGCACAUCGGCAUGGCAGGAUACGGCGGCGUAGCAGCGGAGGAGCUGGCGACUUUAUCCGCUGAAGAGCUGGAUGAGCGGCUAGGGAAACUCCCGCGCCGAUGUUACCCGCUCGUGCUGGCUGGCAAGCUCUGCCUGAAUCCAUUCAACCAGCACAACUACCCGAAUGACGGUCUGGUGAUGGUCGAGGAGACAACGAUGCCAGGCGAAUUCCGGCACCAGAUCGUUGGCGCAUCACACUACUUAUUACCGUCGCAUCCUACGGCGAUUGGGCUUACACGGUCAUUUCUGGAAGCGUGAAUUUAAGGCUGCCACAACAGAGUACCAUGAUUAUUAGUAGUAUCUCCUGCAAGGCUGGCGUGAGUAGGUACUUGUUAUCGGUUCGCGCCGCAUAAAAUAAAACAGCAGCACGGCUGCGUGCAGUUG